AUGCCGAUAAAAGCGACAGCAGCAACCAGCCUCCGGGACCAGUUCAGCCUAAAGGGCAAGGUCGUGGUGAUCACGGGGGCUUCGGGCCCGCGUGGAAUGGGCAUUGAGUCCGCACGUGGUUGUGCCGAGAUGGGCGCGGACGUGGCCAUCACAUACUCGUCGCGCAAGGAAGGGGCAGAGAAGAACGUGGCGGCACUGACGAAAGACUACGGCGUCAAGGUCAAGGCAUACAAGUGCAACGUGGGCGACUACGCCGAGGUGGAGAAGCUGGUGUCGGAUGUGCUAUCUGACUUUGGCAAGAUCGACGGUUUUAUUGCAAAUGCCGGUGCCACGGCUGACAAAGGCGUCGUGGACGGCUCGGCGGCAGACUGGGACAAGGUGAUCCAAACGGACCUCAACGGCACGGCAUACUGCGCCAAGGCCGUAGGAGCGCACUUCAAGGAGCGCGGCACGGGCUCGUUUGUGAUCACGGCGUCGAUGUCGGGACACAUUGUCAACUUCCCGCAGGAGCAGACGUCGUACAACGUGGCCAAGGCCGGGUGUAUCCACCUGGCCAGGUCGCUGGCCAACGAGUGGCGUGACUUUGCGCGUGUCAACAGCAUCUCACCCGGCUACAUCGACACAGGUCUGUCGGACUUUGUCGACCAGAAGACACAGCAGCUGUGGAACAGCAUGAUCCCGAUGGGCCGGCCGGGCCUGGCCAAAGAGCUCAAGGGCGCUUACGUCUACCUGAUCAGCGAUGCUAGCACGUACACCACCGGCACAGACAUUGUCAUUGACGGCGGCUACUGCGUCCGGUAA